AGCAGGAAAGAAUUGGCCAAGAAUGUCCAGUGUGCCUUGGAGUACACCACGCUACGAAGUGUGACCCAUGCCACUGAGAUAUGGUAUGAUCCUGAUCCUCUAGGAACCCUCAUUCCUGAGGAUGUGGACUUUGUCAGGUCAUACUAUGAGAUGCCUGAUGAGGAUGUCGACCCAGAUAAGAUGUCUCCUUGGCUGCUGCGUAUUGAACUGAACCGCGAGAUGAUGGUUGAUAAGAAGUUGAGCAUGGCUGAUAUUGCAGAGAAGAUCAAUCAUGAGUUUGAUGACGACUUGUCAUGCAUAUUCAACGAUGACAACGCAGAUAAGCUCAUCCUUCGUGUCCGCAUUGCAAACGACGAAGCUCCUCCGAAAGGAGGAGAGGCACAGGGUGAAUCUGCCGAGGACGACGUCUUCCUCAAGAAGAUUGAGGGGAACAUGUUGACUGAGAUGGCCCUUCGAGGCAUUCCAGAUAUUAACAAGGUCUUCAUCAAAAAGGGGAAGGUGAAUAAAUUUGAUGAGAAGGAAGGUUUCAAAGGAGAAGAGGAGUGGAUGCUUGAUACAGAAGGUGUAAACCUCUUGGCCGUCAUGUGUCAUGAGGACGUUGAUCCUUCUAGGACAACAAGUAAUCAUUUGAUUGAAGUGAUUGAAGUUCUUGGCAUCGAGGCUGUCCGCAGGUCCCUCUUGGAUGAGUUGAGGGUGGUGAUAUCUUUUGAUGGGUCUUAUGUGAACUACCGGCAUCUGGCCAUUCUCUGCGAUACGAUGACGUACAGAGGUCACCUGAUGGCGAUUACCAGGCACGGCAUAAAUCGUAACGACACAGGGCCCCUCAUGAGAUGUUCUUUUGAAGAGACGGUGGAUAUCCUGCUUGAUGCUGCUGUAUAUGCGGAAUCCGAUUACCUGAGAGGUGUCACCGAGAACAUUAUGCUUGGCCAGCUUGCUCCUAUUGGUACAGGAGGGUGUGGAUUGUAUCUGAAUGACCAGAUGCUGAAGCAGGCCAUUGAGCUCCAACUCCCGAGCUAUAUUGACAGUCUGGACUAUGGUGUCACACCGGCGCGUUCACCCUCCGGGACACCGUACCAUGAUGGAAUGAUGUCGCCAUUGCUGAGCCCGAAUUUCCGGGCUUCCCCCCUCACAGAAGCUCAGUUCUCGCCGUAUGUUGGCGGCAUGGCGUUCUCGCCCAUGCCGUCGAACUACAGCCCGUCCUCUGGGGGUUACAGUCCAUCUUCUCCGGUGUUCAGCCCAGGGCCAGGACACAGUUACAGCCCCACUUCUCCGUCAUACAGCCCCGCAUCGCCCAGCUAUAGCCCUGCAUCACCAUCAUAUACGCCUGGCUCUCCUUCCUACAGUCCGAGCAGUCCAUCAUACUCUCCAACCAGUCCGUCAUACUCUCCGACAUCUCCGAGCUACAGCCCCACAUCUCCUAGCUACAGUCCAACCUCUCCGGCAUACUGCCCCACUUCGCCAAGCUACAGUCCAACCUCUCCGGCAUACUGCCCGACAUCUCCUGCAUACAGCCCGACCUCUCCUGCAUACAGUCCGUCGUCGCCAUCUUAUAACCCAACGUCGCCAUCUUAUAGCCCGACAUCUCCUUCAUACAGCCCGACAUCACCUUCAUACAGCCCGACGUCGCCAUCAUACAGCCCCACAUCUCCUUCAUACAGCCCUACAUCGCCAACUUAUAGCCCGACGUCGCCUUCAUACAAACCGACAUCGCCCUCGUACAGCCCAACAUCACCUGCAUACAGUCCGUCAUCGCCUGGUUACUGCCCAACGUCACCGAGCUACAGCCCUACUUCACCGAGCUACAGCCCUUCUUCGGCCAAGUACAGUCCUUCAAAUAUCUAUUCUCCAAGCAGCCCAAGGAUGAUGAGCCCGUACAGUCAGACUUCUCCAAACUACAGCCCGACCUCACCGUCCUACUCGCCCACCUCACCGUCGUAUGCGCAACCAAGCCCGUCAUACAGCCCCACAAGCCCGAUCACUACCUCAGGAUCUGGAGGACCUAGCCCAGAUUACACCCCAACUUCUCCAAACUACAGCCCCACUGCAAGCUACUCCCCCACCGCACCGGGCUACUCGCCGAUAUCCACCGAGCCGCAAACUAGUGACAAGGACAAGGAGAUUGCUCCCUGAAGCCACAACUCAGAGAAAAUUGCUGCUGGCCACUAGCUGCUGUUCUUGUUUCCUUCCGCGUUGCCAGAACGGGCCUUGGGUUUGCUGCGCUUGCCGAUAAAUUGCUGCUGAACUUGAGUUGUUAUGUAUGAUAGAUGUUGUGAGUGACUCCCCAGUAACUGUGUUGUUGAGAAUUUGCAAUUGUACUUAAUAAUGCGUCGUUGAUCGGAUUGUUAUGUUAAAUGAUGUUGUUGAUCGGAUUGUUAUGUUAAUAUUUCCAUUGGAACUUCUUAUUAUUUUGCCAAGUCCUGCAGAUUUCCUUA